UCCACACAGGACCCGAGAAUCUGAGAAACUGCAGAAGCGCGGUUGUUUAUGGAGCUUUGGGCGGGGGCCGAGCCCGCAGUUGUGCCCCCAGCCCGCCGCCGAGGCCAUGCAGCCCCAUCGGCGAGAGGAGCUGCUGCCGCCGGGCCUCCGGGGCUGAUCCAGGAGCCGCGGGAGGAGGAGGCGCCAGCGGCGGAGCUGGAACCCGAGUCGCGGAGGCAGGCAGCGCGGCGGACCCAGUACUAUGGCUGUGUACUGCUAUGCACUCAAUAGCCUGGUGAUCAUGAAUAGUGCCGACGAGGUGAAGAGCGGCGGCGGCCCGGGGCCCAGCGGCAGCGAGACGCCCCUGCCCCCUGGGAGGGCCGUGCUUAGCCCGGGCAGCGUUUUCAGCCCCGGGAGAGGGGCUUCUUUCCUCUUCCCCCCCGCCGAGUCGCUGUCGCCAGAGGAGCCCCGGAGCCCGGGGAGCUGGCGGAGCGGCCGGCGCAGGCUGAAUAGUAGCAGCGGCAGCGGCGGUGGCAGCAGUAGUAGCAGCAGCAGCAGUAGCGUGGGCAGCCCUAGUUGGGCGGGCCGCCUGCGAGGUGAUGGGCAGCAGGUGGUGGCCGCCGGUACCCUUUCUCCGCCGGGACCGGAGGAGGCCCAAAGGAAGCUGCGAAUUCUGCAACGCGAAUUGCAGAACGUGCAGGUGAACCAGAAAGUGGGCAUUUUCGAGGCGCACAUUCAGGCGCAGAGCUGUGCCAUUCAGGCGCCCCGAAGCCCACGUUUGAGCAGGGCUCGCUCGCCCUCCCCGAGCCCUUUCCGCAGCAGCAGCCAGCCCCCUGGAAGGGUCUUGGCUCAAUGCGUCCCAAGUGAGGAACGAAGGACAAAAUCUUGGGGUGAGCAAUAUUCAGAGGCUUCAGAUGCCCACUCUGUGAGAAGAGGAGGGCUCAGUCUGUGCCCCUCAAAGGACAAGGAGGGAGUGGCACCUCUUCCUGGCCAGGCCACCACGACAGGAUCUGGGGCUCAGAGUGCAAAGGAUUCCGUGAGGAUGGAGAAAGGGACCCCUGCUAGUACCCCUUGUGACUCAUUUUUAGCUAUGGAAACUAACAAGAGGGUCGCUUCUUCGGGAACUCAGAGCUGCCAAACUCCCCCAGAGGAGCUGGUGGGAAGGAGUUUAAUGAUGAACAUAGCAGUGACUGCGACAGCCACAUCCACUGGACCACACCGUCCACAGGAUCCUGCUCUGGUUGAUCCAGUCUGCAAGCUUGGAAGCCUGCACCCCUGGGAGGCCCUGGUUGAGAGGCAGGGGCAGUUCCUGGGCAGUGAGACAAGCCCAACCCCAGAGCAGAGCGGGUCCCAAGGUGGAGAGCCCCCUGGGAAGUUGGGGAAGGGAAAUCUGCCCUGUGGCCUGCCAGGCUCCAGAGAGCCAGAAGUCGGUGAAAGGCCAGAGGAUGCGACUGUGAAUGCUCAAAGCUCAGAGCCAUCUGAAGCCCUGAGCUCGUCCAGGCCUUCUGGAGACCUGGGCUCUCUAGGUCCUGCAGAGACCCAAAGUGAGGUCUCAGUGAUCCAUGAACGCCCGCAGCUCUCUGGCAGAGUGGGGGAAGGGUCUUCAACACUGGGCUUGCUUGGUGUCAGCUGCACAGUGCAGCCAGGGACUGGAGAAGUGGAGGCGGGAAUUUCUUCUGGCAGAAUGCUGGAGCCUUUGCCCUGUUGGGAAAUGGCAAAAGAUCUGAAAGAACAGCAGUGCCUUCCUGGGGACAGAGUGGAUGUGCAGCCUGGGAGCUCCAGGGCUUGGCUGGGCCCCAUGGAGAAAGCUGGUCUGGCUUGGACGUGUGGAACAGGGGUACAAUCGGAGGGGACUUGGGAAAGUCAGCUGCAGGACAGAGAUGCUCACCCCAACAGGGAGUGGCUGCCCCAGAAUCAAGAGGACAAACCUUCUCUGGGAGAGACCUGCAGUGCCAGCAACAUACCAGCUAUACCUGCAGUCAUCAUUACGGAUGUGGGUGCCCAGGAAGACAGGGGCUUGGAGGAGGUGCAGGGAAGCCCUCGGGGCAACCUGCCUCUGAGGAAACUGUCCUCUUCCUCUGCCUCCUCCACGGGCUUCUCUUCAUCCUAUGAAGACUCAGAAGAGGACAUUUCCAGUGACCCUGAGCGCACCUUGGACCCUAACGCGGCAUUCCUGCAUACCCUGGACCAGCAGAAGCCCAAAGUGAGCAAAUCAUGGAGAAAAAUAAAAAACAUGGUGCACUGGUCUCCCUUUGUCAUGUCCUUCAAGAAGAAGUAUCCCUGGAUCCAGCUGGCGGGACACGCAGGGAGUUUCAAGGAGGCUGCCAAUGGCCGGAUCCUAAAGAAGCACUGUGAGUCAGAGCAACGCUGCCUGGAUCGACUGAUGGCUGAUGUGCUGAGGCCCUUUGUGCCUGCCUACCAUGGGGAUGUGGUGAAGGAUGGGGAGCGCUACAACCAGAUGGACGACCUGCUGGCUGACUUUGACUCUCCCUGCGUGAUGGACUGCAAGAUGGGCAUCAGGACAUACCUGGAAGAGGAGCUCACCAAGGCCCGGAAGAAGCCCAGCCUGCGAAAGGACAUGUACCAGAAGAUGAUCGAGGUGGACCCUGAGGCUCCGACCGAGGAGGAGAAAGCCCAGCGGGCUGUGACCAAGCCACGGUAUAUGCAAUGGAGGGAGACCAUCAGCUCCACUGCCACCCUCGGCUUCAGGAUAGAGGGCAUCAAGAAAGAAGAUGGCUCGGUGAACAGGGACUUUAAGAAGACCAAAACGAGGGAGCAAGUUACUGAGGCCUUCAGAGAAUUCACUAAAGGAAACCGUAACAUCCUGAUCGCCUACCGGGACCGACUGAAGGCCAUUCGAGCUACCCUUGAAGUUUCCCCCUUCUUCAAGUGCCACGAGGUCAUUGGCAGCUCACUCCUCUUCAUCCACGACAAGAAAGAACAGGCCAAGGUGUGGAUGAUUGACUUUGGGAAAACCACGCCUCUGCCCGAAGGCCAAACCCUGAAGCACAACGUCCCCUGGCAGGAAGGGAACCGGGAGGAUGGCUACCUCUCGGGGCUGAACAAUCUCAUCGACAUCCUGACAGAAAUGUCCCAGGGUUCCCCGCUCGCCUGAGGCACCCACUUCAUCCCUGCCACCUCUGCCUCUUCUCUUCUCCCUCGCCUCCCUUCUCCUUCCUAAUUGUUCCUCCAAUCCUUCCUGGGUUCAAGCCCCAGAACUGACCCUCUUGAACUGCACUACAAGACACUUUGUAGAAGAGGAGCUAAGAUGAGAGUUUCCAGUUCUUUUCCUGGAUAACUUAAGGGCUUGGAGGUGGUAUUCCCACUUCUCUUUGUAAAUAGAAUCACCUUCUGGAAGAAAACCUCCCAAACCUAGGCUCAGUUUCCUGUACAAGUCAGUUGGGUUUAGAAUUUGGGGGGCCCUGAAAUCCCUGGCUGCCAAGAGAACCCUAGGAGAUAAACCUGCCUAUGGGUGGCCCCCAGAAAGUGCAGGCCUAGAUGGGCAACCUGUGGGAGUCUGCUGCCCCCUGGUGGCCAGUGCCAUCAGCGCUGCUGCCAAGCACAUUUAUCUCUGCCUCACACCCAGAGCCCAGCAGCCCAGCCAGGUUCCUGGCUUCCUGGUAGUUGGGACACAAAAAUCUCUGGGAAAUUGCAUAUUGUUUGUGAGCACAGUUCCUUCCUAUGAGCAGCUCCAGAGGCUUCCAGAGUUGCUGUGGUGGCCCUUCUAGGGCUACUAAAUCACAACCCCCACUCUUCUGAUAUUGAACCCUCCAACUUUGGGCCAGACCCAGCUGGGAACCAGGAGAAGGCUGAAGUCAAUUGGCUGUGUUCUCUGACCUAGACCUUCCCAGAAGGGGGCAGGCAGGAGCUUCGUUCUUCUAUCUGAAGUUGCUACCCAAGAAUGCAGAGGUGACAUUCUGCCAAGUUGAGCUUCCAGGGAUGCCACUCUGAUCACCCCAGAGCCACUGCUCAGUGUCCUCACUGCCCUGCUGUGACAAGAUCUAGGUGGCUGGGUAGGAGAAGUCAAGGUGCAGACAGCCCCCUUGAAGUUGGGCACGAAUCCUUCAGGAUCUCUGGGACCCUGGCCCCAUCGAGGGGAAGAAGUUGAUCUCUUGUUCCUUCAUGUCCCUGGUGCUAGUUGGUCAACCCUGUCAGCAUAUACAGGGUCCUUUGUCCUAACAGUUACAAGGUCUGGGGGUGGGGAUUCAGGGCAGCACCAGGCCAGAAAGAAGCAGGAUUCGGGGUUACUGGCAUCAUUUCUAAAUUUUCCCUGCUAUAAGUCUGAUAGCCUGAGGGCUUAGACCUGUUUCCCCAUGGAGUGUGGAUGGCUUCCAGGAACAUGUUGGGUACCUGGGGGUGUCCCAGGCCCCUCUUCCUGGAGUCCCUGUGCUGUGUGAAGAUUCAUGGAGAGCCAUUCUGAAGCUUCAUUUUAACUGUAAAGCAAGGAAGUCUGUAUUACUGAGAAGAAUGUACUAUUUGUAUGACUUUUUAAGAACAAAACUCCUAGCUCUGUUGCCAUGUGGAGCUCUACAUCAGGUCCCUGGGGCUUACCACCCCCUGCUUUGCAGAGUGCAGUCAGAGGAGCCCUACUGGGUACCAGGCCACUUGAGGGACACUGAGGGAAAUCAUGUGGACCAAGAACUGCUUUAGGGUUAGGCUGCCCACCCUGGCACCUCAGGGUCUGAGGGGGGAUGCUGUUGACCUGCCCACGUGACACAUAUGUUUCCUCUUCCAUGUUGGGUGGGUGAGUGACAGUUGGCUGGGGGUGGAGGGCGGGACACAUGAGAAUGUAUAAGUACAGAUUUUAAAAAAGGAAAUCACUUAAACUUCCUGGCUCUUGUUCAAAACGGUGGUGAGCUCCUGCGUGGGCUGACUUGCUAAAGGUCACACCCCCGCCCCGGCUGAGCCUGAGCCCUUGUGACAGCACGUGAUCUGGAAGGCAGGCAGCAUGGGGGUGGCAUUGAGUGCCACAUUAAGCUCUGGAAUGCCCAAGCUGCAGUCACGGGAUAGAAGGGACCCUGGUGGUCUGGGCUUCAGAUCUGUGGGGAACAGGACAUGUUAAUUCAGACACAAAAGAUUCUACAGCUAUGAACUGGCCAAAAGUUACCCCCAUUCUAUGUAUGAAAAACAUUUGCUAAAGCAAAUUAAUGAUAUGAACAAAAAUUGCAGGGACCAGAGUAACCUAUAUAAGUGAACAAAACUUCCCAAGCGCUUUAAGAAGGCACCAAUUGUUUGCAAACAAUGUGAUAAUAUGCAGACGACCAUUUAUUCACCCGUGGAACCUCUUAGGCAAUAUUUUGCAUUGGGUUUAGUGUGUGUGUGUGUGUGUGUGUGUGUGUGUGUGUGUGUGUAGAGAGAGAGAGAGAGAGAAAGUGGUAUAAGAAGGCAUCUUUCUAGGCUCAUCCUAUUACCUAGGGUGUUUUGUCUUUGUUAGGUUUUAUAUUUACCAGACUAGCUCCCACACCUGCUCUGUCUCUCAAGCCAUUCUUCCACUCUCUUGCUAUCUGGCCCUUCCCUCUCCUCUUGGUGGAAUAUAUGGGUCCUGAAAUAGAAUUUCCCAGAACCUAUUUCCUGGAGGUCCAAAAGACCCAGCCCUGGUCCUGGCAGGGACUCCUUAUAUCCUGGUCAUGCAGGUGCCAGGAGGUAGCGCAUGGGUGAGAGGGUGCUAGGCCCUCCUGCUCUGUCCUUGUGGGCCCUAGGGGUUCUUGGCAGCGAGCACUGCUUGGAACACUUGGAAGGUUUCCUUGACUGUCCUCCCCAGACUCACCUCUAGUGUCCUGUAAGAAGUUUUUAAGUUAUAUUUAUUUUGUUGGUUUUAUUUUUAAAAUUGCACAAAACACUAAGAUUGAAAGGCUGAACUCUGUUUUAUCCUUCAAGCUUGGCCUUCUUUCUGAACUUCCUUUCCAACUUGGUGGGAAGAGUCCGGAAGCAGCUCUGCCCCUGCCCCCGCUCCAAGAUGGACAGUUUCCCCUUUGGCUGUAUUUAGCUUUGAGUUGCAUCUGGUCAACCCAUGUGUAUAGAGCCCGGCCCCUUUGCUCUAGGAUGUUCAUCCCGUCAGUGCCUUUCUUCUGGAAGAGAGGACCCCUCUGUCCUGCCCAGACAGGUGCCCCUCCUCUGCACCCCUGUCUCCAUGGAUCUUGGGGAAAUGGAACUGUUACACUCCCUGCACAGUGCCUGUCCAACAGACUGCAGACGCUCUCUACCUUCCUGAAUAAAGACCUUGGAGACCAGU